CUACUUUAUCAUCUGGUUUUGUCCGUAUGUUUUGAGUUAAAACAUAAAAUUAAAAAAAAAUUUAAAAACAAAUUCAAUACGAUUAUAAAAACUGCGAAAAAAAUUGCAUUAUUUAAUUUUAUUUUUUUUCAAUUGCUGUAACCAUUUGAAGUUAGAAGAUUUUUAAUAGUCGUGACCUCAUAUGCAUAACCCAUAUGCAUAGCAUACGUAAAUGAAAGUAUAAUUUACCAAGUAAUGAACUUUUGUAUUCCUUAAAUUUUUGGAAAACAACAUAUCAUGGAAGGAACCUCGCCAGAGCAAAUGGUUUUCCAGGCACUCAUGGCUGCUUGUAGUCAGGACACCGAGAUAUUAAAACAAGCAGAACAAAAAUUAGCUGAAUGGGAAAUUCAACCUGGUUUUUACUAUACUUUAGUUAGUAUAUUUUCCAAUCAUCAAGUUGACGUAAAUGUAAGGUGGAUGGCUGCUGUUUAUUUAAAAAAUGGAAUCAAUAAAUAUUGGAGAAAAUACGCAAAGAAUGAGAUUCAAGCUGAAGAAAAAAGUAAAAUCCGUUCACAAUUAAUAUCAAAUUUUAAUGAACCGGUUGCACAAGUCGCUGUGCAAAUCGCCGCUUUAACAGCGAAAAUUGCAAGAUUAGAUUGUCCUAAAGAAUGGCCUGAAAUAAUUCCAGUUUUGCUAGAAGCAGUUAGAAGUAAUGAUUCGCUCCAACAGCAUCGAUCUCUCCUGGUAUUGCAACACGUUAUAAAAGCUUUAUCUUCAAAACGUUUAAUGCCAGAAAAAAAAUAUUUUGAACAACUAACUUCGGAGGUUUAUAGUUACAUUCUCAAUUUAUGGGAUACGUAUACAACGCUAUUUUUCCAAAGUCUUCAAGAAAACGGACCAUCUCAAAUAACAGUAUCACUUUUAGAGAAAGCUAUUUUGGCUUUGCGUAUACUUAGAAAAUUGACAAUUUAUGGAAUAUAUAAGCCGCACAAAUCUGAACAUUGUAUGAUGUUUUUAGAAGCAACAUUUCGUCGGAUUGGGGAAUCAAUAGAAUGCAGAUAUGAAUUGAAACGUAGAAGCUCAGCAGAUGAACUGGUAGAGUUAAUAGAAAAAUUUAUACUUAAGCAAACAAAAAUUUUAAACGAGUUCCUAGAACAACAUCCAGUUUCAUUUGUAAAUGUAAUAUCGACGGCAUUAAAUUUUUCAUUUAAUUAUGUCUUCCACAAUGGAGCCAGUAUGAUAUUUGAUGGAAAUGUUAUAAAUUUUCCAAAUUUUGCAAUACAUUGUGUAAACCUAAUGAAAGGAAUUUUAUCAAGUAGAGCAUAUACCACAUUUGUUCAAGAAAAUUGUUCGACUGAAGUCGACAUUGCAGUAGCGUUAGAAACAAAAAAAGAUUUUUUUACAAAUGAACGGUUAUCUUAUAUAUGUGAAAAAAUUAUAACUCACUACUUUUUAUUAACUCAGCAAGAUUUAGAUAUGUGGAUUGAAGAUCCUGAAGGUUUUGCGGCAGAUGAUGGUGGUGAAAGUUGGAAAUAUGCCCUUCGACCAUGUACCGAAACAUUUUUCUUAACUUUAUUUAGUCAUUUCCGUACAGAAGUUAGAUGUGAGGUUUUAAAAUAUAUUAAUAAAGCUCAAGAAAACCCAUUGACUGCAACAUCCGAUUUAAAAGAUGUUAUAUUAAAAGAUGCCAUUUAUAAUGCGGCUGGUUUAGCUCCUUUUAUUUUAUUUGAUGAGAUUGAUUUUGAUUUAUGGUUUAGCAAUCAACUUUUAGCUGAAGUUAAAAUCACUACUGACACGUGCAGGAUAAUUAGAAGAAGAAUUAUUUGGCUUAUUGGACAAUGGUCUGGUGUAAAACUAUCUAGAGAAUUAAGACCACAAGUUUAUGAACUUUGUUUGCAUUUAUUGCAACAGAACGAAGACAUGUCGGUCAGAUUAGCCUCUUCAAAAACAUUGAUGAUGACAAUUGAUGAUUUUGAUUUUUCAUCAGAAUCAUUUUUACCUUAUUUGGAGCCUGGUUUUUCAGCUUUAUUUUCAUUAUUAAAAGAAGCAAAGGAAUGUGAUACAAAAAUGAAUGUACUUUGUACCAUGUCAUUUAUAGUGGAUAAAAUGGGUGAUAACAUACAAUCUCAUGCUGACAAUUUAAUAUCAUAUUUACCAUAUUUAUGGAAAGAAAGUGAAGAUCACAAUAUGCUUCGAUGUGCCAUUAUAUCAACUUUGUUACAAAUAGUUAAAGCUCUAUACGAUAUUCCACCAAUUUUGUCACCUUUUUUAUAUCCUGUAAUAUCGAUAAGUACUAAUAUUAAGGAACCUUCACAUAUUUAUUUGAUGGAAGAAGGUCUCGAGUUAUGGUUAGCUGUUGUUGAAAAUACUUCACAAAUAUCGCAAGAACUGUUACAAUUGUGUGAAAAUUUGCUACCAAUAAUUGAAAACUCAUCAGAAAAUUUAAGAACAGUUUUACAUUUAAUACAAGCUUAUAUUUUGUUAUCACCAGAGGUAUAUUUACAACGUUUUGGUAAACAAGUUGUGUCAACAUGUGCUUAUUUAUUAAAUGACAUGAGAACGGAAGGUAUUGCAAUGGUCAUGAAAUUAUAUGAAACAAUGCUUCGAGUUGAACCAACAAUGGGUUUAGAAUUACUUAGACCAGCAUUACCACACAUAUUUAAGCAAGUUUACGAAAAUAAAGAUUAUCCAUUAGUUAUGAGUAUGUAUCUAGCAAUAUUAGCAAGAGUUUUAAUUAUAGAUCAACAAGUUUUCAUUGAAGCUCUUCAAUCAAUUAAUUUAGAAAAACCAUUAGAAAAGGUAAUCGAUGCAUGGAUUUCCAAAAUGCCUUUAGUAACACAAACGGAAAAACGAAAAUUAUUAAGUCUAGCUUUAGGAUCACUAAUAACUGUAGAUAAUCAAAUAUUUUAUGAAAGAUUUCCUGGUAUUUUGCAAAAUAUUUGUGAAUCUCUAAAUGAUAUUAUGAAAGAGGAUUAUACAACCGGAGAAACUGAUAAUAAAGUUGUAGAUUCUUUAGUAUUUUUUGAUGAAGAAGAUUUUAAUUCCAUUAUGUGUCCCGUUGAAGAAUUUGAUUAUAAUACGUACCAUAGUGAACGAUGUAGAAAAAUAUGUUUAAAAGAUCCUGUGUAUCGAAUAAUUUUAAAAGAUUAUAUUCAAAAUCAAUUGGGUACGCUCAAAACGAAUUUAGGGGAACAACGUUAUCAAACCUUAAUGUUAACUGUUGAUCCAUGCAUAUUGGCCAAUUUAACAGAAUACUUAAAUAUAUAUAUUGCUGUACCAAAACAAAUUGAUGAAGCCGAGGAUGACUGAUUUUUUAUUUGCCUUUUCUAUAAUAUUUAACAAGAAAAAAAAAAGAAAAAAAAAGUAUGCUAAUAGAAUAACAAAAAAUUUUUUAAAAUAACAUUUAAAUAUAUAAUGCAAAUAUAUAUAACAACAAUAACUUAUUUGUCGAAACGAAACAAAAUAUAAAAAACCAAAACAUUUUUUUUUGUACAAUUUUUGAAAUACAAAGAUGUUCCGUUUUAACUUUCAAAACCUUAAUAUGAAUGUAAUAUUAAAUAUAUAAUAAAGUGCCUAGAGUUUGCCUCUAGUUAAAAACUAAUUAAUAAUUAAAAAAAAAUAUAUUAUUAAAGUUGUAUUUCUUUUUUUUUUUUUUAAAUGAUUUAGUUAUUUUAAUUCCUGUACAAAAAUAUAUAAGCAGUGAAUGUUAAAUUAUUAUAAAUUUUGUUAGAGAUAAGUAUUAGUUCUUGUUUGCAAAAAUAUUGAGAAUCGAAGAAGUUUUAAGAAAAACAUAAUCAAAGUUGAUUUAUUGGUAAUGAUUGAGUUAAGUUAAAGAAAAACAUAAAAAGUUGAAAUUAUAAGCAAUAAAAAAAUACCUAUGAAAUACAUAUAAAAUAUUUUCAUAUAGUAAUAUAUUAUAAAGGAGAUGGAAUUGCUAUAGUCCUUAUAUAGGUAGAAUUAUAUAUCGCAUUCCUGUUAAUCGAACAACUUUUUCAUAUUUCAAAAUUAAACCGAAAUUAGUAUCAUUCGUUUUAUUUACAAAAUUUUUUGAUGGAUUAUUAAUAAUAUAAUAUCUAUAUCAUAUAUAAUUAAUUAUCGGGCAAUUAUGUAAAAUUUUUUUUAUUGCAAUUGCAUUGUUUGCUCUUAUAAUUCUGCAUAUAUUUCAGUAGAUAUCUCAAAGCAGUUUUUUGAGAAGCACAGUUGCAUAAUUUCUUUUAACAAUUGCCACAGUAAUUAUUAUAUUGGGUGCUAUUAUUACUUUAUUAUCAUAUUAAUUAUAUUGUAUUUAAUAAAAAUUUGCUCAAAAUAUUAAUGCAUAAAUAUGUUUAAUUUAAUUUUAAAUAUAAUAACUUUUAACAAUUACCAUAUUAUUUGCAUAACAAAUAUCUAAUUUAUGGAAAACAAAAAGAAAUCUUUUGAAGUUGAAUAUCAAAAUUAAUAAUCGGAAUUACCUUAUUAACUAUUAUUCGAUUUUUUAAUUUGUUUUAACAUUGUUGCAUAUUCAGUAAUAAUAGCAUAAACGUAGAUAAUUCAAAUUUAAUAUUAAAUUUGAUAUACUUACAUAUUGUUAUACAUAUUGAUUGUUUUUAUCUUUAAUUAAAGUGGCUAUUAAAUGUUUUUAUUAUUUUACGGGUAGUUUAAAUUGGCAACAUUUUCGCAAAAAAUAUCUAUAAAAAAAAAUAAGAUAAUUUUAAAAAUGCAAAUAUUUUAAAAUAUAAUAUUUAUAUUUUUUAUAUUUAAUAUAAAUUAUUUACAUAAUUAUGUAUAUUAUAUGUCCAACUAAUUAUUAAUAAUUUUAUUUAAUUUACACUCAAUUCAAAUAUUAUUUAGUCCCAUCCAAUCAAUUACUUAUAUGUAUAAUUAAAAGUUACGGAUUCUGCCGUUCUUCUU